AUGGAAGACAGGUCAGCCUCAGUGGAGGCAGGACGUGUAACGGUGCCCUCCUGUGGUCAAAUUAUGCAACUGCAACUCAUGACACAUUGACAUGCCCUGAGAACCUUUUUUACACUGUAGAAUUUUAUCAAACGCUAAAACAAUAACCAUGUCAUUAAAAAUUAUUUUCUUUUUGAAAAUGGUGGUGAGUUUUUUUUUAACUCAGACUUUUACCUCAAUAAACAAAAAAGUUAUCUCUAAAAACUCACAUUUGUAUAAGUCUCAUUACAGUAGCAGAGGUCUAAAUUAAAUUAUAAGCCAUUAAGAGCAGUUGCCUUAAAGUUCUUACAUUGUAGGCUAAAUUUUCCAGUAUAAAAUUUAAAUUUCAUAUGUAAUGUUUGAAUGGGUUUUUUUUUUUCAACAAAAAAGGUAACUUUGCCAUUGUGUACAUAAGGAAAGUGUUUUAAUGGAAGAGCCAAGCAGUUCAAGUUUAAAAAAAUCAGAGCUCCUCCUCUUACUGAUCAGUUAGAGGUUAUAUCACACAUGUAUGUGUUACAAAGCUUGAACUAACCUGUGCUUUUCAAACAGAGCCCCGGAGGUGAUCUUGGGUCUCCCCUUCACAGAGGCCAUAGACAUGUGGGGUCUUGGAUGUGUACUCUCAGUGCUGUUCCUCUCCUGCCACUUGCUUGAGAUAGGCUGUGAGUACCAGAAGGUAAGUAACUCCUUUCAUUGUUAUUUAAUCACUCAGGCAGAGAAAUAUUACUCCAGAAAUAGUCCAAACUCAACCAAAGACCCGGUGUAGAGUGGUUCUUUGUGUUUGGUCCUAGAUAAUGAACAUUUUGGAUGUCCUUGGUCAGCCUGGUAACCAUCUGCUUGAUGCAGGGACCUUCACUAACAAGUUCUUUAACACAAACCAGCACUUGGAAGUGGUGGGUGAAGGUCUUUCUACUCUAAGCAGUUUAAACUGUUUAAGCUGUGACCUAACCAGAUUGUUUCUUCCAUAAACUGAUUUCAGGACUAAAUAUCUGAUAUGCACACUAUGUUUUAUUCCUGUAGUCGCCCAUGGAGUAUAAAAAAACAACUGGGGUUGAGCUCCAAAAGAGUGAGAGGCCUCUUAAUAACCUGGAUGAGAUUGUUACAGUAAGUGAGACAUUUGAAUGAAUAGAGAGAAUAAAUACAGAUUCACUUCUGAGACAUUUGAGCGAAUAAAGUGAACUUUCUUUAAUUCGUUUCUAUUGUAGCUUCCCCCAGGUGUUAAGGAGUGCAUCGAGCUGGAGGAUAGGAGAGCUUUAGUGUGCCUCCUGAAGGGGAUCCUCGACUCCCAUCACAAUCGGAGGAUCACUCCUGAAAAGGCCCUGAAACACCCCUUUAUAACAAUGGUGCAUCUAGAGGAGGAGGCAGACUCCAGCAUGUCGUAA